AUGGCAGGACACAAGGUUGCGCAUGCCACGCUGAAAGGCCCGAGUGUGGUGAAGGAAUUAGUUAUCGGUUUGGCACUCGGUUUAGCUGCUGGUGGUCUCUGGAAGAUGCACCACUGGAACGAGCAGAGGAAAACCAGAGCUUUCUACGACUUGCUCGAGAGAGGCGAGAUCAGCGUUGUCCACCCUGAAGAGUAAAUUCAACAACACCACUCUCAAGCUCUAUUUUUAUGUUAUUGUAUGGUUUCUUGACUUCUCAGACAAAGUUACCUGAGAAAAAGAGUUGCUUGCUUAAUAAAUAAACAACAAAUUGGAUAUUAUUGUUAAAUUUCAGAACAUCUUUCUUGAUUCUA